CCUGGUAGGGCUUUGUGCAAUGCGCAUCUUCAUUUCGCGUCAUGAUUAUAUAAGCCGAUCGCCAUGUCCAGCCUUGGCAUGUACGCCGGGAGAGAGCUUCAUGAGCAUGUCAGAAAGUGUUUCAGGGUAGUAAAGGAAAAGAAAACGCUCUCUACUAACCAGAAAUCGAAAAUCCACUCAUUAUCAUCACCAUCGUGAAUAGCUCACGGCAAUAGGCCUUUUGAAAUUUGAAGUUGUAGCACGCCACAAGAGAUCGAGACCGCCCGACGAGGCAUUCGAGCACAAUGUCGCGCUCCAUCACCCGAUGUGCCUCGCAUCUUCGACAGCGAACGACUCCCACUUGCGCACUCAUUUCAUCUCAACACAGCCGACUGGCAUCACAACUGCAGCGACCGACGACCUUCUCAUUACAACCAUCAUCUUCGAGUGAACCUCACACAAAUGGAAAGCGCCAUGCCUCGACCACAGCAACUUCACCACCAUCUCCCUCCAAGGAAGUCGUAACCUGGCAACGUUUCUUCGAACUCCGUCAAACCCGCCGCUGGACCAAUGUUGCUGCAUCAGGUGUUUCUACAGUCGCAGCGAUCUCGGUCGCAGGACCUAUUAUUGCUACAUCAGAAUUAAUUGGGUCGCUGGCACAAUCGGCAGGGAUCAUGGACCCCAUUUUCGCGAUUGGACUCCCGACACUUGCGAUGGGUGGUGUCGGAUGGCUAGCAGGUCCAUUAUUGGGAAAUCUUAUUUUCAGCCUUCGUGUGGGAAAGAGUAGCUUGGCGGACAUGGCGACGAAAGAGAAAUCAUUCUUCGAUCGCAUCAAGCGAUUCCGUGCAGAUCCUUCCACCUCGACCCUCAACAAUCCAAUUCCGGACUACUACGGCGAGAAGAUCGGUAGCGUACAAGAUUACCGAAAGUGGCUUAAGGAUCAGCGUGCAUUCAGCUUGAAGAGCAAAAAGGACAUGCUUUAAAGUGACACAUGCGGAAGGAAG